AUGCAAAACGGGCCCAGAAAUCCCCAAACGGUGGAUGGCAGCUCUUUUUGGCCGCCGCAGAGAAACGAGCGACGCAAGAACGACCGACGAAACUGCCACUGCCGCCGCUCACCACGGGAAGAGAGUGCAUUGUUCUUUCCAAUCCUCCUCGACUUUCGACCAGCCCACUCGACUCGACCACCUCCGAUCUUUCUCUCCCCUCUUGUCUUCACCUACAACACACUUUACCGUCAACCCCAAAUUCCAUUUGACCCCCCGCAUAUUCCCCUCUCUAUUCUGUCUUCCGACCGCUCUAUUACUCCCACCUUUGCAUCAUCCAAUUUUCUGCUCCUCGACCCUCGAUUCCGCCCUUGCUCAACGACAUCACUCGGCUGCAACACGUACAACCCCCGCCACAUCAUCCGCAUCCUCCGCCUGUUUUCCACCCCUCGCCUUUUUUUUUGA